AUGUCUGACGACCAGAAGAUCUCGAUCCAGCCGCACCCCGCGACGAGCAACAACCCCAGCACGGACCCCAAAGUGGGUGGCAACGCGGCGCUUGCGUCGGGUGCGCCCGCCACGCCGGGCAUCCAGAAGCUCGAUGCAGAGACCGCCAACAACCUCGACAAGCCUCUGUCGAAAGAGGAGCUGCAGAAGCGCACCGAGGAGCUGAACAAGUAG